UCAAGGUUGCACUUCAUCGCUUGGUCUUGAGAAUUCACAAAUACCAGAUUCACACUUAACGUCAUCCUCAUCCUCGGACAAUUCCCAUACUGCACCACGUGGUCGUCUGUAUGGCMGCUCGUCAUGGUGCAGCCAAACAAAUGGUAAUAAUGAGUACAUACAGGUUGACCUUGGACUGGUCAAGACAGUGGCAGGUAUUGCAACACAAGGUAACCCAGAUAUGGAUGCAUGGGUGACGUCUUAUAAAGUUGGUUACAGCUUUGAUAACACAUACUGGAAUGAGUACAAAGAAGGACAGGUCGUUAAGGAUUUAGAAGGAAACAGCGAUAGGAAUGGCGUCAGAGUCAACUGGCUCAGGAAUCCAAGAGCAGCACGUUAUAUCAGAAUUAUUCCUCAGACCCAYAACUCAGGGGGCAGAUAUUGUCUACGAUUUGAUGUCUAUGGAUGUGAUAUCUUCGUUGYCCCCAAAAUAAGUCUAAAUGACCUCAUCCUUCCAACCAUCAAAGGAAGAUCCAUUACAUUAACAUGUAGUGUACUUGGUGAACCAGCACCUGACAUACAGUGGUUUAACAAUGGAACCAAGAUCAACGGUGCAACACAAUCAACACUACAAGUACAGUUUAUCUCUGCUGAAGAUGUGAUGUCCAAGUACAACUGUACAAGACAGAAUCCUUACACACGAGCUGUGGUCUGUAACACGAUCUACACGUGUAGGGCAACGUAUCCAAACUACGUGCCAAGUGGAGGAAUGAAUGAGGCAUCGGGGAAAGUGACGGUGAACCUGAAUGUGCUGAAAGCACCAGAUGUUGCAGUAACACCAAACAAGACGUCGAUGACACUCAGCUGGACAGUAGUGAUUGCUUCUGAUGACGUCGGGACCAUUACCUCGUACACCAUACAACUCCUAGAUCAGAGCGGUUCAAUCAACACCUAUAAUGCACACCAUCCUCCUUCUAACUACAUGUUUAAAGAUCUUAAGCCGUACACUAGCUACAGCAUCAGAAUGAAAGCAAUAAGUACUGUGGGGCAAGGACUGUGGAGCAGUUGGCUAAAUGAUUCAACACUAAUUGCUGAGCCGCAAGGUGUUCCAUCAAUCAUAGGGACAAUUACGCUGUCAUCAGAAAGUAUUGGAAUUUAUUUCAAGUAUUCACAAAUAGACCUGUUACAUGGCCCAAUGGCUGGAUUCAGGAUCUUCUACGAACCAGAAGGCGGAACAAAACAACAGAUUGACGUGGGUAACGUUAACUAUGCAACGCUGACGAAUCUUAGAAAAUACACUAUUUACGACAUAUCAGUGGCUGUACGAAACACUAUGUAUAUGGGUCCUGUAAGCAGCGUUACAACAAUAAGAACAUUAGAGGAUGUCCCUGAAACUGGUCCACAAAAUACAACAGCAACGAAGAUAAACGACACAACAUUCCUGGUUACUUGGCAACCGUUAACAACAGCUCAAAGCAACGGCGUGGUUACUAAGUACGAGAUCUUUUGGUCAAUAGUUGUUGAGGGAGGUCGUUCACGAAGAUCAUUACAGGAAAUGUUUAAUGCUACAACACAGGCUACCCAGUACACACUGUACAACCUUAGAUUGUGUGAAAACUAUAUAAUAUCUGUCAGGGGUCAUACAAGUGUUGGACCAGGACCCAGAAGCACCAUUAACGUUUUGACAUCGCAGCCUGGUAAGCCUACUGAUGUACAAGCUGAGAGUCAAACGAAGACUUCUAUUGAAGUAAGAUGGAAAAAGCCCCUGCCAAUAUCAUUGGUUGUUGAUGAAUAUACGAUUGAAGUAAAAGGUUCUAAAUCAUACUGGCCAAAGUACUCAUUUUCAAAGACUUACACGCAGAAUGGAGCACGAGCUAACAUGGUUAUCGACAGUCUUGUGCCUGGUACAAGCUAUGAAUUCUGUGUAACUGCGUCAACAGAAUGUGGUAAGAGUCAAAAGAGCGAAUCAAGUAAGAAAGACACAGACAUUGACAAUCCUGUCAAGCCUAUAGGGAACUCUGUAACUCUAAAGAACAAGUUUAAAGUUCCAUUAUGGUCAGUUGAUCCUGUCAAUGGACCAAUCAGGUAGUUAUUAUAAAUAGAAUUGAAAAAAUAAAAUGAAGAAUC